AUGUGCCUGGACCUCGGACUUUUGACAGUCUCUCCCAAGGCAUGUUCGCAGCUCAUUCAAAGACCCGAGGGCAGGCCCCAGAGUGUAGCCGUCGAGUUUAGCUCUAUUAAUAUCGCAAAGCCCAUGCACAUGGGGCACUUCAGGGCGACCGUUGUUGGAAACUUUGUCAGAAACAUCAACGUUGCUGCCGGCAACAAGGUAGUAGCCAUCAACUAUCUGGGAGAUUGGGGCACUCAGUUCGGAAUGCUCUCCUUAGGCUUCCAAAAGUUUGGUGACCACACCCUCCUCGACAAAGACCCCCUAAAGCAUCUGCACUCGGUGUAUGUACAAGCUUGCCGAACAUUGGGCGAGACUGAAACCGGGAAAUCGGAUGCCUCAGCCUUAGCAACACGCCUUGAGAAUUCCGAAGAUCCUAAACUCCUAGAUCUUUGGCAGCGUUUUCGGAGUCUCAGUUUGGAGGAACUAAAGAAGUUAUACGCGGAUCAAACCCCAAUGACAUGCAAGAAGUGCGCCGAAAGAGGACCGCCAUAUUUUUGGAGUCGGGAGCCGAAGCGCCAGCAGCGGUCUCUCGAUACCAGAAAGCUGGCUGGUGGCCUAGAAGGCCUUUGGAGCUUUCAGGAGACGUAG